CGUCCCGGCUUCGACCACCGUCCUGUGAAGUCUCCUGGUUGCUCCCCAAAAAUAUCAAAUCUCACAGAUUCUCACACAUCUGCUACUAGCUAGCUAGCUAGCUAGCGAGUUGCUACGUUGCUACUAUCACAAUCAUUGUUUUCACGAAGCACCCUCGUCCAUCACACUAGCUCAAAGUUAUUCAUUCCAAGUCCGCGUUCCAAGACGGCACCAUGACAAACCACUCGACAUACCCCACGACCAAGGUGAUGGCCAGCAGUCAUAAUGGAGACCUGAGGGCGACGAUGCAGCCUCCUCCGAUUCCUCUGACACAAAUGCUACCUUUUAUCUUUGGUGUGCUGCCCGCAAGCAAAGAUGCUGCGGUGCCAAGGCCGCCCCACCAAGUCCAUCGCGAAGUGAACAACGCUCUGAGAUUCACUACUAAUAAUGACGACUUUUUUGACAACAGCAACAACUAUAACUUGUUGUGGGCCACGACGCUCCAAUAUCAUCCUCAACGCGGAGACGCUUCGCAAGAAUCGACAGAGGAUCUUUCGCACCCGAACCAGUAGAACCAACAAUUGAGUGAAGCCUCAUACGAUACCAGGGAAGCCUCUUCUGCCCGCCGACGCUCGAAACAAGCUAGCUACGUAUAGCUAGUGCAGUACCAGAUGCGCAGAAGAGAGCCGUGCAUUGCUUGCUACUUCGCAUAUUCCAAGAAGAGAAUACAUACAUGUAAUGAUCAAAACUAAAGUGCUACUUAUGUCUAGU